AUGUCGUUCCUUGGUGGCGCAGAGUGUUCCACCGCGGGAAACCCAUUGACUCAGUUCACGAAACAUGUCCAAGAUGACAAGUCCCUCCAGCGAGACCGAAUGGUCGGGCGUGGUCCCGGAAUGCAGGAGGGCAUGCGCUCACAGGGGAUGAUGGGCGGUCCUGACCAGAUGAUGGACGAGUUUGCUCAGCAAUCCGCUCAACUCCCCGGCGGGCCACAGCAGCACAUGAGGAUGGAGAUGGAACAAGUGAGGCACCAAUUAGAGCAGAUGCACACGACACCCCGAACAGGCUCGCCCGGGUGGGCUGCGGAGUUUGAUCCCGGUGAGCAGGCCCGCAUGGAGGCGGCCUUUGCCGGGCCCAAGGGCCCAAUGAUGAACAAUGGGUCGGGAUUUACGCCGGCUGAAUUCGCCCGGUUCCAGCAGCAGAGUACCAUGAGCGUUCCGCAAUCAGCCAGUCCAGCCACAGCCGGCCAGUCGCCGAUGAUGAGUGGCGGUUACCAGCGCCCUAUUGGGGGUAUGGGCUAUAUGGGAUAUGGGGGGAUGGGGAUGAUGCAGCCUGGAUUUGGGCCCAUGGGUAUGCAACAACAGCACCAGCAGCCGGCCGAGGCUGCUACACAAGAUAAGGGGAAGGGGCGGAUGAUCGAGCUCGACGACGAGAACUGGGAGGCUCAGUUCAAAGAAAUCGAGACGGCGAAUCAGGGGCAGGUGGAUGAUGAGGCCAACGCGGCCAUAGAGUCGGAAUUGAACGAUCUUGACAGGUCAGUCCCCAUCACCAGUACCGACAGUGAUCAAGAUCACGGUCUUUUUGAGAGUGUAUGGGAAAGAGUGCAAGCUGAGACGGCAACAAAUAGGAAAUUGGCGGAGGGCGAGGCUGAUUUCAAUAUUAACGAUAAUUUACACAUGGGCGAUAUGGGCGAGUGGGACGGGUUUGAUAACCUCAAUACUCGGUUCCGGGAACCUCGAUUGGGCGACUAUUCAUUUGAGCAAGAGAACGUCUUCCGUGACGUAGCCAAUCCGUUCGAAGAGGGUAUGAAGAUUAUGCAAGAGGGUGGCAAUCUUUCUCUGGCAGCGUUGGCAUUUGAGGCCGCGGUGCAAAAAGACCCUCAGCAUGUGAAAGCCUGGACUAUGCUGGGAACUUCCCAGGCCCAAAACGAGAAGGAACUCCCCGCUAUUCGGGCCUUGGAGCAGGCUCUCAAGGCCGAUCCGAACAAUCUAGAUGCCCUGAUGGGUCUCGCUGUCUCAUACACAAACGAAGGUUACGACUCCACAGCUUAUCGCACACUUGAGCGAUGGCUCUCUGUCAAAUAUCCUCAGAUUAUCAACCCCGACAAUCUAUCUUCCGAUGCCGACCUAGGCUUCACCGACCGCCAGAUCCUCCACGAACGUGUCACGGACUUUUUCAUCCAGGCGGCCCAAUUAUCGCCAUCGGGGGCCCAAAUGGACCCUGAUGUACAAGUUGGUCUUGGAGUUCUUUUCUACUGCGCAGAAGAAUACGAAAAGGCUGUAGACUGCUUCACAACAGCACUAGCAAGCACAGAGUCCGGAACAACGAACCAGAGGGAGCAGCUCCACCUUCUUUGGAACCGUCUAGGAGCUACUCUGGCUAACUCUGGCCGAUCAGAGGAGGCCAUUGAGGCUUACGAACAGGCUCUGAACAUAAACCCGAACUUCGUUCGAGCACGGUACAACCUGGGCGUAUCAUGCAUUAACAUCGGCUGUUAUCCUGAAGCUGCACAGCAUCUGCUGGGUGCCUUGUCGAUGCAUCGCGUAGUCGAGGAAGAAGGAAAAGAGCGUGCUCGGGAGAUUGUGGGAGGCAACGAUGGUAGCAUUAACGAAGCGGAACUCAACCGUAUGAUUACCGCGAACCAGAGUACCAACCUCUACGACACCUUGCGGCGCGUCUUCAGUCAAAUGGGCCGACGGGAUUUGGCAGACACGGUCGAGGCCGGAAUGGAUGUCAAUGUUUUCCGAAGGGAGUUUGAAUUCUAA